CAUUCAACAUCUCACCAAUUCUUUCUCUCAACAAAAAUCAAAAACUUUCAAUUUUUCAAGAAUACCCAAUGGCACCAAAAGCAGAGAAAAAGCCGGCAGAGAAGAAGCCAAUAGCAGAGAAGACACCAGCGGCGGAGAAGAAACCAAGGGCGGAGAAGAAACUGCCCAAGGAUGCGGUGGCCGGAGACAAGAAGAAGAAGAGGUCCAAGAAGAGCGUAGAGACUUACAAGAUUUACAUCUUCAAGGUUCUGAAGCAAGUUCAUCCUGACAUUGGAAUUUCAAGCAAAGCUAUGGGGAUUAUGAACAGUUUUAUCAAUGAUAUUUUUGAGAAAUUAGCUCAAGAAUCGUCCAAGCUUGCUAGGUAUAACAAGAAGCCGACGAUUACAUCUCGGGAAAUUCAGACCGCUGUGAGGUUGGUUCUGCCCGGUGAAUUGGCCAAGCAUGCUGUUUCUGAAGGUACAAAGGCUGUGACGAAGUUCACCAGUUCUUAGAUUUGUGGCGAUGACUGAAUCUGUAGAUUGAUUGUCAUCCUUCUGUGUUAAUUUGAUGUUCUUAGGUUGUCUUGUUUAAUUGUUUUUUGGCUACUUGUAACUAAAUCCUAAUGUCAGCGACUUUAAUUUAAAUGAAAUCUUCCAUUUUCAUUCA